AUAACCGAACCACAGAGUGGAGGCUGUCUGAGCAGUAUGCAGCGCAUCCGGGAAGGCAUUCACAUACGUACCAUGAAGGCCAAGAGGAAAGUGGAGGAGAUCUCCAAAGAGGAUAUUAGGGCCUUCCUGAAGAAGAAUUCCUUUGUGCUCUUCACAGUGGGAGCAGUCAUUGCAGGCAUUAUUGUGGGUUUCACACUUCGCCCCUAUAAAAUGUCCUAUCGGGAAGUGAAGUACUUCUCUUUCCCCGGAGAGCUGUUAAUGCGAAUGCUUCAAAUGCUCGUCCUGCCUUUGUUGGUCUCCAGCCUAAUAACAGGAAUGGCUGCUCUAGACACCAAAGCUUCGGGAAAGAUGGGCAUGAGAGCCAUUAUUUACUACAUGACUACAACGUUUAUUGCAGUCUUCAUUGGUAUCAUAAUCGUACUCGUCAUCCACCCAGGAAAAGGAUCUAAGGAAGAGUUUGGGAAGCAACAGUCAAUAGAGCAAGUCAGUCCUGCUGAUGCCUUCUUAGAUCUGAUCAGAAAUAUGUUUCCACCAAACCUGGUCCAAGCUUGCACACAGCAGUUCAAAACCAAAUAUGGGAAGCGAACAGUCCAUGUGAUGGUGACGGUGAACGACACCUUCUUCAACUCAACAAAUGGCACCCAGGAGGUCGUGGAGCUCACCAGGGAGGAAGUGAUCCCUGUUCCGGGUCAGGUGAAUGGGGUCAACGCUCUUGGGCUAGUGGUCUUCUCCAUGUGUUUUGGUCUGAUAAUUGGUAACAUGAAGGAGCAGGGCCAGCUCCUGAGGGAUUUCUUUGACAGCCUGAAUGAGGCCAUCAUGCGUCUGGUUGCCAUCAUCAUGUGGUAUGCUCCUAUUGGCAUCCUGUUCCUUAUUGCAGGAAAGAUUGUGGAGAUGGAUGAUUUGACACAGAUGGGUGGACAGCUGGGCAUGUACACUAUCACAGUUAUCAUUGGCUUGCUGAUCCACGCUGUUAUUAUUCUUCCCACUCUGUAUUUUGUCAUCACUCGGCAGAACCCAUUUAUCUUCAUUGGUGGGCUUCUGCAAGCUCUGGUAACAGCUCUUGGAACCUCAUCCAGUUCAGCCACCCUGCCUGUCACCUUUAAAUGUCUGGAGGAGAACAACAGAAUUGAUAAGCGAAUUACUCGCUUUGUUCUGCCGGUGGGUGCGACCAUCAAUAUGGACGGGACAGCGCUCUACGAAGCCCUGGCAGCCAUCUUCAUUGCCCAAGUGAAUAAUGUGGAAAUGAACUUUGGUCAGAUCAUCACCAUCAGUAUCACAGCCACCGCGGCCAGUAUUGGAGCCGCAGGGAUCCCUCAGGCAGGCCUGGUUACCAUGGUGAUUGUGUUGACCUCGGUUGGGCUUCCCACUGAUGACAUCACUCUCAUCAUUGCAGUUGACUGGUUCCUUGAUCGUCUACGUACCACGACCAACGUUUUGGGGGAUUCCAUCGGUGCAGGUAUUGUGGAGUUCUUGUCUCGACACGAGCUCCGCAGCAGAGAUGUGGAGAUGGGAAGCUCAGUGCUGGAGGAGAAGGAGAGAAAAAAACCUUACAAGCUCAUCUCCCAGGACAGCGAUUUUGAAAACGACAAACGUGCACACGGUGAAUCAAACAUGUAA